UGUAUUUGUCAAUUUAAUACGGUGUUCUUUAUUCUUACUUUUAGCGCAUAAAAGAUCAUUGAGAUAUAAAAUCAAGUAAAUACGUGUUCAAUUAGUUUGACAAUUCUUACUAAAAUUAACUGUGAUAAAAUUCCAUUUGGCCAUGUCUAACACAUACACGUGUAUAACAUGCCAGGUGUUCUUCAAAACAGCUGAUUUGCAGCGUGAGCAUUACAAAUUAGAUUGGCACAGGUAUAAUUUGAAGAGAAAAGUUGCGUCUAUACCUCCUGUUACGUUAGAGGAAUUUGAACAACGGGCAAAAGAGCACAGAGAACAUGCACAAAACGUUGAUCGAGAUGAAUCGGUUUAUUGCAAAUGCUGCUCAAAAUUAUUCAACUCUAAAAAUGCUUAUAACAAUCAUUUAAAUAGCAAGAAGCAUAAGUUGGCCGAAGAAAAGCAUUUGACUGGUGAACAAUCAAGUAGUGACAAAAAACAGGAAGAAGAAAGCCAUUCAGAUAGCAAUAGUUUUGAAAAAAUUGACUCAAGUAAGAUAGUGCCAGUCCAACCUGGAAAAUUUGUUGUUGUAAAUGCUGAAGACUCGGGCGAUGAUGAUAUUGAAACUGAUUCUGAAAUAGAAGAGCUUGACUCUGAUGAGUGGGAAGAGUGUCGCAUCAAAGGUAGCGACUCACUAAUUAAACCUAGGGACUGCUUAUUCUGUGGCAAACAUAGUAAAAAUAUGGUCAAGAAUUUGAAGCACAUGUCUGAGUCUCAUUCAUUCUUCAUUCCUGAUGUGGAAUAUUGUACAGAUAUGAAAGGCCUCCUGUUAUAUCUCGGAGAGAAGAUUUCACAAGGGUAUAUGUGUCUAUGGUGCAAUGAAGCUGGACGUACAUUUUACUCUAUGGAAGCUGCACGGGCUCAUAUGAUUGAUAAGGGGCAUUGUAAAAUGUUGCAUGAAGGUCUAGCAUUAGCUGAAUAUGCUGAUUAUUAUGAUUAUAGUGCUUCAUAUCCUGAUCAUGGUGAAGAAGAAGUAAACAUGGAUGUAGAUCAAGAAGUCGACGAGCCAGCAACAUUAGAAUGUGAUGACUACCAAUUGGUGCUACCAUCUGGUGUCACUGUUGGACAUCGUUCCCUUAUGAGAUAUUACAAACAGAAUAUAACAGAAAACAGCCAUGCCCUCGUUAAAAAAUCGGAUCGAAAACUUCAUCGCUUACUAGGUGUUUAUCGGGCACUGGGCUGGGCUCCAAAGGAGCAAGCUUUAGCAGCAAAGAAAGCCCGAGACAUUCACUUCAUGAAACGAGUACAAGCAAAAUGGGAAAUGAAAAUGUCUAUCAAAGCCAAUAAGUUCCAAAAACAUUUCCGGCAACAAGUCAACUUCUAGAUCGCUGUAGUUUUAUAUACAAUAUACUGUUACUUUUAUAAUUGCUUACGGCAGUUUUAAGAUGAAUUAAAGUCAAACUACAAUUAAUGUGAUUGUUCAUUGCUUGUAUUUUAUUACUUAUAAAUAUAAAUAUUAAACCAAGGUGCAGAAUUUAUACCUAAAUGCAUCAGUGUUUUAUUUUAAAGUACUUAUUUGUUCUGUAUACAAAGGGGCAAAUCACAGCAGCAGCAUAUCUUAACCAUAAUAUUUUUGUUUUAUUUACAUUCAUGAUAAAUGCGUUAUAUUUUGAAUGUUGAACUGUUUGUAUCUUCAAGUUUAAAAAAAAGUCUUAAAAGUCUAAUUAAAUAUUAAUAAAUAAGAUUAAUACCAAAUUACAUGUUAACUGUUAAAAAGGAAACAAUAAAAUAUACACAGAU